AGAAGAUAAAUUGUAGAAAUAGGCGGGGUUUAGCCGUGAUUAUGACUUUGUGGAUGUGGUAACUAGGGACGGCCAUCAUGUCGACUGACUUCGAUGUGUAAGAAAAACGUGAUGCUGGUUAUUGCACGGAGUUGAAAGUACGAUUAAAAUUGUGAGUUAGCUAAUAAUUGAACCGAAUGGACGAAAAUUAAAAACAAUAGAGGUUUAUACGACUAUUCACAAACUGUACAUUAUGCCUGCUGUCGCUCAAAUACCAUCGGUUCCAUGGUACGUUAGCUCUUGUCUUGCGUAGUUUAGCUAACGUUAGCUAGCAAGCUAAUGUCAAAUACAGUUUGAGACCUGGGUUGAUACUUUGUUGUCAUCUCUUAGGCCUUUAAGUUAACAACCUAGUUACAUAACCACCUAACGGUAGAGCAAUCUGCAUUUUUAGCAGUGUUUGCUUCAUAUGUUAUAAAUGAUUCGUAGUUAGUUAAUUUGCCAUCAAUACUGACAGCGUCACAAUUGACAUUGUUGGUAACAAGUGUUCCAAAUACACCACAUAUCGCGCGUGAUAGAAAGUUAAUUAAUAAGCGUGCACUUGCUUUAAUUAGCUGUCACUUCUAGUUGUCGAAGUUAUUCUUGCACAACCAGCAACAUGUUUCAGUCUAUACCACGGCGGCCUAUAAGAAUAAGUGAAAUCAGUGUAUGUGCUGUUAGGCUUCAAAGCAGUUAUACACUGAGACAGGGAAUUGGCAAGAGUAAUGGCAAAUCUCAAACCACGACAUGGAUGGGACGACGCAUAGGCCUGUUGUUAUCAUGGCUCCAGAGAUCGGGGGUGGGUACCAGUAAAAAAGUGGCGUCUGACAAUAAGAAGCAAGACCUGCUAUCAAUUUUUGCCAACCAUUGUAGCUUUGUGACAGGCCAGAGGCUUCGACGCGCUUAUCAGAUUGGAGAGCUUUACGCAAACCUGUACUCAGAGCGAACUAGGUGGACCCUGGUAGGAAGCAUAUGGCGUCGACUCCAGAGCAAGCACGCUUCCACUGCGAAGCUUGUGGCAGCACUGGCCGGUGUCUUCCUGUGGGAGGACGAGAAGGUUCGGGAUGAAGAACUACACAGGUGUGGACUAGAGCUACAAGCUUUGGAGACAGUGAGAAAUCUGAGUGCAUCCUCAGAGAAGGAGAAGGCUGCAGGGCAGGUGGAGACAGGCUGGGAGGUUGUCAUGGAGAAGAAGAAUUUCAAAGUGUGGAGGAGGCCAAUUGAGGGAAGCCAUAUGUGUGAAUACAGAGUUUUGGGUUCUUAUAACGAUGUCACCCCCAGACAGUUCUUCAAUGUUCAGUUGGACACAGAGUACAGGAAGAAGUGGGAUGCUCUGGUUCUCAAGCUGGAGGUAGUGGACAGGGACGUCAACACCGGCUCAGAGGUUGUGCACUGGGCCACACAUUUCCCUUAUCCCAUGUACUCGAGGGAUUAUGUUUAUGUUCGUCGCUACAAUGUUGAUAUGGAGAAUAAUCUGAUGGUCCUGAUCUCCAGAGCGGUUCAGCAUCCUGGAGUCCCAGAAACUCAGGACUACGUCAGAGUCCACUCAUACCAGUCCAAGAUGGUCAUUCGCCCUCACAAGUCCUUUGAUGAGAAUGGCUUUGACUACCUUCUGACCUACAGCGACGACCCUCAGACCGCCUUUCCCAGCUACUGUGUGAGCUGGAUGGUGUCCAGUGGUAUGCCUGACUUUCUGGAGAAACUGCAUACUGCAGCCCUGAGGGCUAAGAACCUGGAGGUAGGGAUCUAUGAUUAUGCCAGCGUCGUAAAGUCCAACGACACCAAGCACCAGCUCAGCCAGGACCGGCUUGGGGACAACACGCGCCCUGGGCACAUCUACGCCUAAGGGACACUUUUUAGCAGGGGUGGGGAGAGUAACCUGCACCUGCUCGCAUACAACAACCCUCAAAACACAAGCUUUUGGACACAAUGGGUGACAGGAUAUCAAAUGAAGCUUGAAUAUACAUACGUUGAAGAUAUGCAGUACUCGUGCUAUACUGUUGCUAUUUGAGUGGUUAUAAUGGUGACCACGGUCAUUUGGCUGACCAAUAACCUUCAUCCAAAAUUCCAUGACCGUCACAGCCCUAUUGAUAACAUAAUAGUCAUGAGAAGCUUAAACGGUACCGACGAGCGUUUGAGCCCUAUGGAGAAAAUAAUCCCCUUUUUCUGCCAGGAGAAUUUCCAUUGGAGCUUUCUGCCUUGAAACAAUGGUGCUAGACAGCUAACAUCCUGAGGGGAGAGGUGUCCAUUAUGCCUCCUUUUGCUAACUUGCUGCUGCACCAACUAGCGAGACUGCACCAAAAAUACUACCCCUAUAGAGAUGAUGUUGCCAAAGCAUUGUUUCUCGCUCCAUCCACCAUGUCUACUAGUUUCUUCCAGCCACCUUGUUUGUGUUCCUUAUUUGGUCACAUCCACACUGAAAUAGCUCGCUGUAAAAGCUUAGCUACAUAAAUACAUACAUACAUAGUUAUUUUAUAUAACAGAGAAAGAAGAACAUCUAUAAAUAAACACGCUGUGAUAUCAGGAACUCAAGGAACAUGCUUUGUAGCUGAAUGCCCUGGCAUAUUGACUUCCACAGAUGAGUGGAUUUAAGGGCUCUUGUGGUCUCUUUUUCACGUUAUGGGAUUAGUGAUGUUUUUCUCUGCAGAACUGAUGUUUCUCACUUCUUUGUCCGUUACGUCUUGUCUGUGUGAGUGUUUUAAACUGCCAGGUCACGUCACUUCUAACAGCCUUCUGAAGAUUACCAGUGUCUUCCUGUCCACAAGGUGCCUUAUGGCAACCGCAAAAUCCUCUAUGGGGCAAAUGCUCUUGAUGUUUUUUGUUUAAUUUGCAUUGCAGUUCCCCUCCACUCGACAAUGUUAUAUAUGCCCUGAUCCAAAAAUUAUAUAAAAAAUAAGCAUGUGUGUUCUUGUGCCACCUGACUAUCUGCAUUUCAAUGGAAUGGAUAUUUACAUUAUCCAGAGUGACUUAAAUGACUUGCUCAAGGGCACAUGGACAGAUGUUUUUCACCUAGUCUGCUCUGGGAUUUGAACCAGCGACCUUUCGGUUACUGGUCCAACACUCUUAACCGCUAGGCUACCUGCUGCCCCAUGACGAUGACAGAAUAACUACAUCAUCCUGAGAACAAAGUUCAAAGUAAAGGAACAGACAUUAUUAAAACAGUGCUUGAUAGUUUGCACCACAGAGGAAGAUGUUUGUGUUACUGUACCUUCACAGUGAAAGUAGCCUAACUGUAGUAGUACAACACAUUUUCUAUUACUGAUGAGCUUUGGAAGGCAAGUGUUUAGUAACAUCAUGUGCCCUUUGCAUCCUUGUGUGUGUGUGUGUGUCUAAUAUCUUUAAAGUGUUCUUCAGUCUUUGAUAUAUUAGCAAUUUUUCUGACUCAGUAAGUUCCUUCUGGUGGACAAAAGGGCAUGAAUGUGGGCUCUGUGCGAUAUGUGAAUUCUCUAUUUACAGCCUGACAAUCUGGUACAAUUGAAUUAACACCCGUUUCUGUAUUAUAUUUAUUUUUUGUGUCUGUGUUACUGAUAUUGGUUAAAUCAGGUAUUUUUUUUCCAUUAAAAGUUUCAUGAAUUUAUGGUUCCAGUAUACAGUACAUGCGUGACUGCAGUUUGUUGGUAGUUCACCAAUACUGAGUUAGAAAUGUACAAGUUCAUUAAAAACUGUGGUGGAAAAAGUA